AUGGUAACAAGGUACCUUGCGAGGCUUGUAAGGACGAUGAAAGGCCUCUACAAACGAGGUGGAGGCAAUAAUGACGACAACGAGAGACCUCACAAAGGUAUUGAUAACGACGAUAACGUGACGAGGAUGGCAAGACCUUAUAGCGGAGUAGAGACGCACCGGUACGUUACGUGGUCUGGCGAACGUGGUGCAAACCGUGGCCGACGCUUCUUCUUCACGGUUGGGCUCGGGAUGAGACUGCGCCGGAAGAACCAGACGUGCCAAAGGCCCAACGGCACCAAGUUCGCGGCCGCCGUCAACAACAUCUCGUUCGUGUCACCCACGACGGCUCUCCUCCGGGCACACUUCACUGGGUGGUCCAAAGACGUUUACACCCCGGACUCCCCUCUCGUCACCCUGAUGCCAUUCAACUACAUCGGAGCUCCGCCGAACAACACGAUGGUGAGCAAGGGGACCAAGCUGGUGGUGAUUCCGUUCAACACCGGCGUCGAGUUGGUGAUGCAGGACACGAGCUCACCUCCAUGGCUACAACUUCUUCGUCUUCGGGCAAGGGUUCGACAACUACGAUCCGAUGAAUGA